CUUCACUCAUACCAUAUCUCUUGCCAUUGCUUAAGUAAACAAGAACUAAAAUGUAUAGAGUUGCAAGCCCUUCAGAGUAUCUGGUGAUCACGGGGGUCGGAAUCGAUGACAUAAAGCUAGCAAAGAAGGCAUGGAUCCUCCCCGGCCAGUCCUUCAUAAUCUUCGACAUGUCCCCGGUUAACUAUACCUUCGAAGUCCAAGCCAUGAGCUCGGAAAAGCUUCCCUUCAUGCUCCCCGCCGUCUUCACCAUCGGCCCACGCAUUGACGACAUGGAAAGCCUCCACAAGUACGCCAAGCUCAUUUCUCGCCACGACAAGCUCUCCAGCCACGUCAAAGAGCUUGUGCAGGGAAUCAUAGAAGGCGAGACGCGUGUUCUCGCUGCCUCGAUGACCAUGGAGGAGGUGUUUAAGGGGACCAAAGAGUUUAAGCAAGAGGUGUUUGGGAAGGUUCAGUUGGAACUUAACCAGUUUGGGCUUUUGAUAUAUAAUGCAAAUGUCAAACAGUUGGUGGAUGUCCCAGGGCAUGAGUAUUUUAGUUACUUGGGGCAGAAGACACAGAUGGAGGCGGCGAAUCAAGCAAGGGUUGAUGUGGCGGAGGCAAAGAAGAAGGGGGAGAUAGGGUCGAAGCUGAGGGAGGGGGAGACGUUGCAGAACGCGGCUAAGAUUGACGCGGAGACUAAGAUAUAUGGGACGAAGAGAGAGGGGGAGGGGAGGAUGGCGGAGAUUAAGGUGAAGGCGGAGGUGAAGGUGUAUGAGAAUGUAAGGGAGGCUGAGGUGGCCGAGGCAAAUGCUGAGCUGGCGAAGAAGAAGGCCGGGUGGGCGAAAGAGGCGCAGGUGGCGGAGGUGGAGGCUGCAAAGGCAGUGGCAUUGAGGGAUGCGGAGUUGCAAACGGAGGUGGAGAGGAUGAAUGCCUUGACUAUGACGGAGAAGCUUAAAGCUGAGUUUUUGAGUAAGGCCAGCGUUGAGUAUGAAACGAAGGUACAAGAGGCGAAUUGGGAGUUAUACAACAAACAAAAAGCCUCAGAGGCAAUUCUUUACCAAAGGGAGAAGGAGGCAGAUGCCAAAAAGGCAUUGGCGGAGGCAGAAUUCUGUGCACGUCAACAAGCUGCCGAUGGAGAAUUUUAUGCCAAGAAAAAAGAGGCUGAGGGACUCAUGGCUCUUGGACAAACUCAAGGUGCAUAUCUACGCCACCUUUUGGAUGCAGUUGGAGGCAACUAUGCAGCCAUGAGAGACUUUAUGAUGAUCAAUAGUGGCAUGUUUCAAGAAAUUGCUAAGAUCAACGCCGAGGCCGUGCGCGGGCUUCAGCCGAAAAUCAGCAUUUGGACUAAUGGCGGGGGAGAGGGUGGUGAUGGUGGUGCAAAUGGGGCUAUGAAGGAAAUUUCCGGAGUUUACAAGAUGUUGCCACCGUUGUUCAAGACGGUUCAUGAACAAACCGGCAUGUCGCCUCCUGCUUGGAUGGGCACUUUGGACAAUUCUCAUCCUAAAGAACGUACGUGCGUAACCAUGUUGUGGUACAGAGUCGCGAACGCUUCAGAGUAUUUAGUGAUCACCGGAGUCGGAAUCGAUGACGUCAAGCUUGCAAAGAAGGCAUGGAUUAUGCCCGGCCAAUCCUGCAGCGUAUUCGACAUGUCCCCUGUCAACUACACCUUCGAAGUACAAGCCAUGAGCUCCGAAAAGCUCCCCUUCAUCCUCCCCGCCGUCUUCACUAUCGGUCCCCGCGUCGACGACGUGCCCAGCCUCCACAAGUACGCUAAGCUCCUCUGCCGCCACGAUCAGCUCUCCAGCCACGUCAAAGACCUCGUCCAGGGCAUCAUCGAGGGUGAGACCCGCGUUCUGGCCGCCUCGAUGACGAUGGAGGACGUGUUCAAGGGGACCAAAGAAUUUAAGAAAGAGGUGUUUGACAAGGUUCAGUUAGAAUUGAAUCAAUUCGGGCUUUUGAUUUACAAUGCAAAUGUCAAACAGUUGGUGGACGUCCGUGGGCAUGAGUAUUUUAGCUACUUGGGGCAGAAGAUACAGAUGGAGGCGGCGAAUAAGGCUAGGGUUGAUGUGGCGGAGGCGAAGAAGAAAGGCGAGAUAGGGUCAAAAGAGAGGGAGGGGUUGACGCUGCAGAACGCGGCCAAGAUUGAUGCAGAGACGAAGAUUUUUAGGACGCAGAGGGAGGGAGAGGGGAAAAUGGAGGAGAUUAAGACGAGGACGGAGGUGAAGGUGUUUGAGAAUAUUAGGGAGGCUGAGGUGGCGAAGGCCAAUGCCGAGCUGGCAAAGAAGAAGGCUGGGUGGGCAAAGGAGGCGCAUGUGGCGGAGGUGGAGGCUUCGAAAGCGGUGGCGUUGAGAGAGGCGGAGUUGCAAAAGGAGGUGGAGAGGAUGAAUGCCUUGACCAGGACGGAGAAGCUUAAGGCUGAGUUAUUGACUGAGGCCAGUGUUGAGUAUGAAACCAAGGUGCAAUCGGCAAAUUCGGAGUUCUACAAAGAACAAAAAGCUGCGGAUGCAAUUCUUUACCAAAGAGAGAAAGAGGCUGAGGCACAAAAAGCAACUGCAGAGGCACAACUCUUUGCUCGUCAACAAGCUGCCGAUGGAGACUUUUAUGCGAAGAAGAAGGCGACAGAGGCGGAGCUCUAUGCUCGUCAACAAGCUGCUGAUGCAGAAUGUUAUGCAAAGCAAAAAGAGGCUGAGGGACUCAUGGCCCUCGGACAAGCCCAAGGCGCAUAUCUACGCUCCCUUUGGGACGCGCUUGGAGGCAACUAUGCAGCCAUGAGGGACUAUAUGAUGAUCAACAGUGGCAUGUUUCAAGAAAUUGCUAAGAUCAAUGCUGAAGCCGUGCGUGGUCUUCAGCCAAAGAUUAGCAUUUGGACUAAUAACGGUGGGGAAGGCGGUGACGGUGGUGCCAACGGCGCUAUGAAGGAGAUUGCUGGUGUUUACAAGGCAUUGCCACCAUUGUUCAAUACAGUUCAUGAACAAACUGGCAUGAAGCCACCAGCUUGGAUGGGCACUUUGUCCAAUUGUCCUUCCACCAACUCGACUCUCGAUAGCAACUGAACUCUGAAUUGUGUUCCACCAAAAGUACUACCAUCUAGCCAAGAUGCUACGUGUGAUCGGUUGAGAUGAUAUAAAUAGUUUCGUGUUUAUUUGCUGUUCUUUUAUUAGUUAUUUGCUAUUUUUUUUGUUGACAGUAAUACUAUUUGCACAACUAGUUGGUCCCCGCUACAUGUGUGGAACCUUUUUGGUAUUUGCUUAA